AUGGAGCAACCACCAGAGUUUGUUGACUCUGAUCAUCCGUCGUAUGUAUGUCGUCUCCGCAAAGAGAUAUACGGAUUGAAAAAAGCUCCCCGUGCCUGGUAUACUAAAUCAAAAUCGUAUCUACUCAAUCUCGAGUUCAUAAACUCACUUGCUGAUACCUCUCUGUUUAUCCUGCGUCGUGGAAAAACUUAUGUCUAUCUCCUAGUCUAUGUUGAUGAUAUACUUGUUAUAGGCAAUGAUAAAUCCAGCAUUUGUAACAUCCUUCAGCUCUUGGCUGAUCGUUUCUCCGUCAAGGAUCCAGAGGACCUUAACUACUUCUUAGGGAUCGAAGCUCAUCGCACCGAUAAAGGUCUCCAUCUCUCUCAACGCAAGUACAUUCUUGACUUCCUUCAUCGCCACAAUAUGCUCAAUGCGAAGCCUGUUGCCACGCCGAUGGCGUCCUCUCCCAAACUCACUCUUCAAUCCGGCCUUGCUCUUCCUGAUGGCAAGGAGUAUCGCCAACUCGUUGGCAGCUUACAAUAUCUCAGCUUUACUCGCCCCGAUAUCAGUUUUACCGUGAACCGUUUGUCUCAGUUCAUGCAUCGACCUACUCAAGAACACUGGCAAGCCGCCAAACGCAUCUUAGGUUACCUCGCUGGCAUAACUACUCAUGGGAUCUUCUUCUCGGCCAAAAAUGAUCACACACUCCAAGCCUUCUCUGAUGCCGAUUGGGCAGGUGAUACUCACGACUAUAUCUCCACAAAUGCAUAUAUUGUUUAUAUGGGUACAAAUCUGGUUUCAUGGACUGCAAAGAAGCAGAAGAGUGUUGCUCGCUCCUCCACCGAAGCUGAAUACCGUGCAGUUGCCAACACCUCCGCAGAACUUUGCUGGAUAAGCAACCUCUUAACGGAGCUUGGGAUACCUCUUCGAGUUGUGCCGCUUAUAUACUGCGAUAAUGUUGGAGCUACUUUUCUAUGUGCGAACCCCAUUUUUCACUCCAGAAUAAAGCACAUUGCACUUGACUAUCAUUUUGUACGAGGGCAGAUUCAACAAGGCCUUCUUCGUGCCUCUCAUGUGCACACAAAAGAUCAGCUAGCUGAUGCACUAACAAAACUGUUUCCCCGAACACACUUUCUUCAUUUGCGUAACAAGAUUGGAGUGCUUCCAGCCCCUCCAUCUUGA